CAGCGCUGUGCGAGUGCCCCUUCUCUGUCCUGGCUCCGUUAAAUCUGCAAAAUGGGAGGGUGGAAAAAAAAGACGGUUUAUAAUUGAUGUUUUCCCAUGGAACGGCCCCUCCUCCCCGCAACACAAGUCAAACCCUCAGGUGGAAGAAAUCUUUUUUGUGGGAUAACAUCAGGAGGGUUUGUCUGGGCGAGCCAAUCAAGUCCCUCCCCUGCUAUAGAUCGGUGCUAUAAUACAAAGCAGUAAAAGCGGUCGCCUCACAAGCGGCUGCAGCUCCACUAGAGAUCCCGUGGCUUUUAAUUCCCUCACUACUUUUUUUUUUACCCUCCUUCGAUAUGCCCCGUUAUUUCCAUUUGUCUUAGGCGUUCAUUUCCGCACCUGCCACGGUAGAAACCAAGUGAAAGCGAAGCAGAGGAGGAGACAAGGACGUUGCGCGAGCCGGGAGAAGGCAGACGGCAGAGACAGCGGCGGCGGCGGCUCGUUGAGAUCCAGGAGGACAGAAAUGCUGCUCUGUACCAGAACCGUGUUGUUCGGCCUCGUCUGCCUCUGCUUGGUGUCCUCCGCCGUGGGAUGCGGACCGGGCAGGGGCUACGGCCGGAGACGGCACCCGAAGAAGCUGACACCUCUUGCGUACAAGCAGUUCAUCCCCAACGUGGCGGAGAAGACCCUCGGGGCAAGUGGCCGAUACGAAGGCAAGAUCACAAGAAACUCCGAGCGAUUUAAAGAGCUGACUCCCAAUUAUAACACAGACAUCAUAUUCAAGGAUGAGGAGAACACCGGCGCCGACAGGCUAAUGACUCAGAGAUGUAAAGACAAGCUGAACUCGCUGGCGAUCUCGGUGAUGAACCAGUGGCCCGGCGUGAAGCUGCGGGUCACCGAGGGCUGGGACGAGGACGGCCACCACUUUGAGGAGUCUCUCCACUACGAGGGCAGGGCCGUGGACAUCACCACCUCGGACCGGGACAAGAGCAAAUACGGCACCCUGUCCAGGCUGGCGGUGGAAGCCGGGUUCGACUGGGUCUAUUACGAAUCCAAAGCCCACAUCCACUGCUCCGUGAAAGCAGAAAACUCGGUGGCAGCAAAGUCAGGCGGCUGCUUCCCAGGCUCCUCCACCGUCACCCUUCAGGAUGGUACCGAGAAGGCGGUCAAAGACCUUCAAACCGGUGACAAGGUGCUGGCAGCAGAUGGGUUUGGAAACAUGAUUUACACCGACUUCAUCAUGUUCAUAGACCAAGACUCGGCGACCAGGAGGAUCUUCUACGUGAUCGAAACCGAGUCGGGUCAGAAAAUCACGCUCACGGCCGCGCACCUCCUCUUCGUCGGCCGCGACAACGUCACCGAGCGGGAACAGAGCAUGUCGGCCAUCUUCGCCAGCCAGGUCCAACCGGGACAAACGGUGUUCGUCUUCCACGCCGAGCGAAGUGGACUCAAACCCGUGACCGUAAAACGGAUUUACACGCAGGAGCGCGAGGGCUCCUACGCGCCGGUGACCGUGCAGGGGACGGUUGUGGUGGAUCGGGUCCUCGCGUCCUGUUACGCAGUGAUCGAAGACCACGACCUGGCGCACUGGGCCCUGGCACCUGUCAGGGUCGCCCACUGGCUUUCCUCGUUGCUUUUCCGCUCCCAACCUCAGGCCAGUGCGCAGAGCGACGGGGUGCACUGGUACUCAAAGAUCCUUUAUCAAUUAGGAACAUGGCUCUUGGACAGUCACUCGAUCCACCCGCUUGGGAUGUCAGUGUACCCGAGUUGAAACCUCAGCUACAGGAGCAGAGUGACUUAAAAUGUAGGACACACAAACUAUUUAGUAGAUUAAAAAUAAAAUAAUAAUAAUAAUUAAAAAAACGAACGAACAGAUAAACAAGACAAAGGCCCCAGUGGAGUUGGGAUAUUUAUUUCAGUGACUUUUCCAUGACGUGUCCCCUUUCAAAGAAUGAAUGGAGCCUUAAAAAGUUUCUCUUUGAAUAAUUUAUUCUCAUGUGAACUCGCUGCUGUCACACAAAUGGAUUCUGAAACGGUGUAAGCAGCAAAUUGUGCAUAAUCUAUUUUUGUAUAUCUCAAAUGCAAAAAAAGAAAGAAAAAUGAAGAAAAACGAAAAGGCGACAAUAGCGCAACGAGAGAAUUGUAGAACGGAGCUAACUUUGACAGGUUGUAAUGUUCAUGUGUGCAUAUGUGCAACUGACUGUUAUAUUUUGGGGAGAACAAACUUCGCGGGGUUCCAUAAAUUAUAUUUUUAUACACAGAAUUGUAAAUUAGAUUUUGACAGAUCGCUACCGAAUCACAUUUCGUUAUUUGAAAUAGUGUAAGAUAUGAGAAUAUAUUUUAAUUUAAAUACCGUAGUUGGGAAAGUAUUGGAAAAUCUUGUACUGCUUGGUUUAUUAAGAACUGUAUUAUUUUGGAAACUGUUCGUUUAAGUUGUCGGAGAGGGACAGAUAUUCUGCCUCGUGUCUGCAUUCUCUGCUUCUUUUGGUUGUGUUUCUAUUUUUUCCUGUUUUCUUCUGAGAAAAAUAUCAAAUGCAGAUUCUGACAAUUCAGUAACAGUUAAAGUAGUACUGAAAAAGUUUCGUUAAAUAAAUUAAUAAGUAACUCCUGUAAAUGUACUAAAAUGUAUUUUUCUUUUCAUAUUUUGUAAUAGGAAAUAGUUUUAUAGAAAUGACCUGCGGCAGAUGCACAGUUUGGAUAGUCUAUAUAGUCAGACCAUACCAGUUAACUUUCAUAACAGGGCGAUGUGUCAAAAAUGUCUAGAGUUUAUUAUUUAUAUGUUUAUUACAAAAUGAGAUAAAGAAAAUCUUCAAACUUG